AAUAGAAAUUGUUUAUUUAUUAGGGCAAAAGAGGAACAUUGAGGCAUGGAGUUUGAUAGUCCUGAAGAGAAAGAGUUUCCCGGCCUGUACGCCGCGGAGGCAGCCGAUUCCAAGUCCAAGAAGAGCAAGGAAGAGAGCGAUUUCGACGAGGACCAUGAGCAUAACAAAAAGGACCUGCUUAUAGGCAGGCGAAAGGACAAGAAAGAUAAAGGCAAGGAUCGUGGCUAUGCAGCGCUCGAGGGCGAGAGUUCGCCCGAAGAAGAACUGGAAACAAAGAGUCCCUCGAAAUCAAAGAAAUCCAAAACAUUCAAAUUUGUCAGCUCCAAGAGCAAGGAGAAGCGUGAAAAAUCGCGCGACAAGGAAAAGUCCGUGGAGGAGCCGGCGCACAAAGCAAAGGAUACAGAUAAGGACAAAGACAAGGAGCGAGAGCGCCACGAUGAGAAGGAGGUCAAGAAGAAGGACAAGAAGAAAGACAAAAAGGACAAGAAGAGCAAGCAGCUGUCGCAGCAGCAGGACGAGGAUGCCGAGGAGGAAGACUUGGCAAUGGGCUGUCCCGUAUUCGGGGUCUCCGUCAGUCUGGCCACUGAGAGAUCGCGCUGCCACGACGGCAUCGAUCUGCCGAUGGUUGUGCGGGACUGCAUCGACUACUUGCAGGAGCAAACACACAACUUUGUCAUCUAUAAGGUUGAGCCCAUCAAGGCGGAGCUCCUCCACUUGAAGCGGCUCUACAACAACCGGGAACACGAUGAGGCGUUGAAUCUAUUCAACGUUCCACUAGCUUGCGGUCUCCUGAAGCUGUAUCUCCGCGAUCUGCCGGAGCCAAUGCUGACCACCGAUCUGAUGUACGAUUUUGAGGACGUUGCCAGGCAUCAAAAGGGCAGAGAGCAGCGGAUUGGGCUACAGCAGCUGAUGGAACAGGUGCCCAAGUGCAAUCGAACCCUGGUCGGUUGGGUGAUGCUCCACUUCUAUGCGGUGACCGAUCAGGAAAGGUACAACAAACUGAACCACGAGUCGAUUGCCGUGCUACUGAGCCCAACGCUCCAGAUGUCGGCGCAACUGAUGGUGGCGCUUCUCCGUCACUGUCGCCUUCUCUUUGCGGACAUCCAGCUGAUACCAUAUGUACCGCCGCUCACUGCGGCUUCCAAGCUUCCGGAGGACCCGGAGGACAUCCAAAUGGAGCUGCGGAAGCAGGACAGUCUUCUGGCCCAAAUACACAGCGAAAUGAAUGCAGGGUUCAUCACCAAGAAGCGCGAGGAGCAGCUCUGGGAGGUGCAGCGCAUCAUCACACAGUUGAAGCGAAAAUUGCGCAGCUUCGAGAAGAAGCAGGAGAAAUCCAUCGAAGAGCUAGACGGCAGUGUUAUUCAACCUGUACCUGUAACUGCGACUGCACCUGUGGUCGUUCCCGUACCUGUAGGCGAAGACAUCACCGACUCCAAUAAUCAGCCACCAGCUCCCCCCAAUUCCACGGUAACAACCAUCAGCACAGAAGAACACAAGCCAGGCAGGCGGGCAUCGAGUUCCAGUCCAGUCACCCACAAUAUAGACGUGUCUGACUGCAUUCAAGUGCACAGAAACGAGGAGCAUUCAUCAAGUCCCAGCCCACCGCUGUACACCAUAGACAGAGAGUCCGGCUUUGUCCUGUUGCCCGAGACGAAUCCCCAUCGCGAAGAGCUGCUACGUCUUCAAAUAGAAUACGAUGAGCUGAUGGCCUUGCAGAAUGAGCUUAAAGCCCGUAUCAAGGCCGAACGCAACGAAGUCUAUCGCUUGAAUAAGCUGUGCGAGAUGCAGCUGCUCAAACAUCAAGCGGCCGCCGGGGCGCAGCCUCCAAAGGAGGCCGACUACGAGCGGAUAAUCGAGCACUAUAAGCGGGAGAAUGCACUGCUGGAGCACAAGAAGCAAAUGCUGGGCAAAGAGCUGAAGGAGGAGCGUCGGGCUUGCAUAGCCCUGCAAGUGGAGUUGCGCCUUCAGCAGUUUUAAAUGUAUUAACCAGUCUAGUUUUAUUCCCUGUUCAAUCUCAAUGUGCGUUAAACGAACAAAAAGCUGAAAGAGAAGAGGAGAGGAGAGGAGAGCAGCGUCAGGGGCCUGCAUAGCCCUGCAAGUGGAUUAUCAUAUGCAGCAAUUUUAAAUGUAUUAACCAUUGAAGUUUUACUUCAUUUAAUCUCGAUGUGCGUUAAACGAACAAAAGCUUAAGUUUAAAUAAAAGCUCAAAUGUUGGAA